GGACGCGUCCCAAGUUUGGUCACAUGACCACGGAGGUGACCCGUCAACGUCGUCCUCGCGCGGCCCUCGUACGUGCGCGAAAUUGAGGGGAAAAAAACAGAAAGAUAUGUUUUCUGCGGUUAUUGCGAACAGACUGUUCAGCAGACUUUCUCAAGUAGCAUGGAGGCCCUCUGUGGUUGGCGCCGUCUCAGUCCGGGGUUACCAUGGUGAUGCCCCUGGAAGCUCUGGCCAAUACCUGAUCGAGAUACCCCUACCCCCAUGGCAGGAGAAAGUGGGAGAACCCAUUGAUGUGAAACGGCGACGGCUCCUUUACGAAAGCCGUAAGAGAGGCAUGCUGGAGAACUGCAUUUUGCUCAGUCUGUUUGCCAAGCAGUACCUGAACACCAUGACCGAGGCUCAGCUGAGGCAGUAUGAUCGGCUGAUCAACGAGCCAAGCAAUGACUGGGACAUCUACUACUGGGCGACAGAGGCCCAGCCGACACCUCCAGACUACCAGGGAGAGGUUAUGAAUUUGCUGCAGGAGUUUGCCAAGAACCGGCAACAGGAGCAAAGGCUGAGGGCACCAGACCUGGAGUACCUGGACCCAGGGACACACUGAUCCAUUCCCAGAUUCCUUUCUGGCUGUAUAGGACACUCAAAGCCCAUGGGGUUUCAACUGAUUGCAUCCACUUGUAGUCGUGGGCCUUAAUUUGUUUCUGCUAAAUCUACAAUGUUAACUUCAAAGCCUGUGUAGUGUACUGAACAGCAGGGGGUAUAAGAGGUUUUACGUCUAUAUAAAAUAUUUAUUCUCUGCAUCAGUUAGACUUGUUAGUGAUUUGCAUCGACUGGUGUUCAGUGAUCCAAGGUACCUGCAUAAAGACCCCACUGCAGAGUCAGGACCCAGGAUUUGCUAUGCUGUACAUUGCUACAAAGGCUUCUUCCAUCAGCUCAUUGUCACACUGGUGAGUGUGGUUGUGAAAGAGGUUCCUUGGUGUUGUGGGGAGGGACCUAGUGAUGGCAGUUGCUGCUGUCCUGCAGUAAAGUUUCCAACGCCA